AUGUUUUUCCGUUCUGAAGCUUGGUGGUUUACAAAGAGAGAAAAAUGUUACCAUGACAUCGGAUGUUUCAACAAUAGAGCACCUUUUGACAACCUCCAUCUGCUUGGCAAAAAAUACCUGCCUAAAAGUCCCGGUAAAAUACAGCCUCGAUUUUACCUCUUCACCAGAGAAAAUCAAAAUCUUGGCAAAGAACUUCAUCCAGAUAACCAGGCAACUGUGUUUUCAUCAAACUUUGAUCCAGCAAAAAAGACGGUGUUUAUCAUUCAUGGGUUUUCUGCAAGUUCAACGGAUUAUCGACUUGUGGAUAUGAAAGAGGCUUUUCUGACAAAGUUUAACUACAACAUUAUAAUGGUGGACUGGUCCCCAGGAGCUAAUAAUGUCUGUUAUCUCCAAGCCGCGGCAAAUACGAGAGUUGUGGGAGCAGUAACAGCUAGAUUGCUGAGAACACUGAGAGAUGAACACUUCUUGUCCUAUACCGAUGUCCAUAUGGUGGGACACAGUCUCGGGGCUCAUACCUGCGGUUAUGUUGGGAGAAGGGAGAGGGGAAUUAGCCGUAUAACAGGCCUGGAUCCAGCAGGGCCUUUCUUUGAAGACUCGGAGUCCCCUGUUCGCCUAGAUCCUUCUGAUGCUAUGUUUGUUGAUGCGAUCCACACUGAUGGCAGAAAAUACUUUGGGCUUGGAAUAAUUCGUCCAGUGGGCCAUGUUGAUUUUUACCCUAACAAUGGAAAACAUCAGCCUGCCUGUAAAUCGGGGAAACUGACAGUCAUUAAGAAACUAGUCUCUGGACAGCUUGAAAGUUUAUCAAAGGUUAUCGCCUGCAGUCACAUGAGAUCCAUCUUACUCUUCACGGAGUCCAUUAGAUCCGCCUGUCGCUUUAAGGCCUGUAAACGUUGCUCUUCCUGUGAGGACAAAUGUACGUCAAUGGGACAGAAUGUGAAUGAUAAGGCCAGAGGACGUUAUUAUCUGACCACUAACUCAGCGUCACCUUUCUGUCAACAGUAA